AUGACUAAAACUCACACUCCAAGAGUAAUCUUCGUACGCCACGGGCAAACUUUGUGGUCGCGUGACGGUCGACAUACAAGCUUAACAGAGCUUGAUUUGGAACCUUUUGGUGAACUUCAGAUGAAAAAGACCGGGGAGCUAUUAAUUGGUGAAUCUCAAUCUCAAAUGAUCAAACCUCAAAAUAUUGUGCAGAUUUUUUCAAGUCCUAGAAAGAGAGCAAGACAUACUCUUGAGUUGAUUUUGGAGGCUGUUCCACCAAAGAUCAGGGAAAAAAUUCCUGUGGAGUAUGAUGAUGAUUUAACUGAAUGGAAUUAUGGCCGAUAUGAAGGUUUAAAAACUGCCGAGAUAAGAAAAUCAAGACAUGAUAGAGGUAUAGAUCCACCAGAUCACGACUGGUCAAUAUGGAGUGAUGGAUGUGAAGAUGGUGAAGAUUAUAAACAAGUUACUGAAAGAUUAGAUAGGUUUAUUAAAAAAGUUAAAUCAAUACAUGUUAAAGCUUUAAACGAUGGUCAACCAAGUGAUAUCAUUGUUGUUGCUCAUGGCCAUAUUUUAAGAUGUUUAGUUGCAAGAUGGGUUGGGAGAGAUCUUAAUGUUGAUCCUGCUUUAAUGUUAGAUGCUGGUGGUGUUGGAGUUUUAAGUUAUCAACAUCAUAAUAUUAAUGAACCAUCAAUUUAUUUGGCAGGUGCUUUUAGAGUUCCUGUUGAAGAAAAAGGCGCUGACAUUUAA